CGGCCUCCUCCGUGACCAACCUCCGCGACCUUAGGUUGGUUGCUUAGGUUGGUUGGCGGCGAUGGAGCUGACGAGGCACGACCUUCGCGAAGCGGCCCUCAUCCUGCACUACGUGGCGCUCACUCUCUCCUCUGUUGUAUCCGGGCUCAGCCUGCUCUGGGCGCUGGUCUGCAUUCUCCAAGAGGUGCGGCGAAAGCACGAGAGGUCCACGAGUAAGUUCGGCCUCGAGAAGGUGCAGAGCGACGCGGGGCUUGGGCCGCAUGACCAGCGGGUGCACGCCUUGCUCCUUUCUGGCGAUAUCCGGCUGCUCCGCUGCAGCUGGCUGCGCUCGCGCCCAACCGGCUAUGUGCUGUCGCGCCGGCAGGACCUGCCAUCGGAGGCGCUGCUUCCGCCUGCAGAGGCGGCCACGCUCUUUGCUCGGCAGGACCGCAGCGUCUGUGCGCUCACCUACGGCUGUGCGCGCCUAGCCCCGCCAUGUGCCCCGCCCCCGCCCUGGAGCGUCUCAAACAGUGAGAGAGAACCUUCUCUCGCAAACGCACACAGGGCUCACGCCGCACCAUCCCGAUCCGCACGGUGAGAACUUGCAGCACGUCGUAGCCUUCCUCCACUCGCCCACGGGGCGUGGCUUCGUCGCGCUCUUCUGGGAUCAAGCGAGCCUAGUCCAGAAGAGCAUCGCCGGCGUGCGCACUGACGAAGAGUCCAUGGUCUUCGCAGCAUCGCUCGCCGUCAUGGCGGGGCUGUACGCGAGCCCCCGUUGUGUGACGGUGCUGCGGCUGGCCAACAUCCCAAAGCCGCCGGAGUGGGGAGAGCGCUCCGUCUGCCUCUUCGACUUGAAGAACGGUGUCAACGAGCAGGCGAUCCUCGCAACGCUCAGCUGCUUUGGCGAGAUCGAGAUGUGUGAUCUGCGCAGAGCUCCAGCGAUCGUUCGCUUCGCCACGCAAGAUGCUGCGCUUGCGGCUGUGGCGGCGGGCUCGGAGCAGCUGUGCAAGGCCAUCGGCAUGCUCUACAACACCCGGCCGUAUGAGCGGCGUGGCUGGUGCCACGGCGAGAGUAAUUUUGCAAAGAUCAUCCUUGGCACGCACAGCGAGCUCGGGCUGGGCAGCGCGGGGCAGGCGCCAAAGAUGAUCGAUGUGCUGGACGAGCAGCCUGUGCGCCUCACGAGCGCGCCCACGCCCGACGCGUUCAAGGCUCAGCUCGAGGAGACGGUGGAAGGGAGCGAGGAGAGAGUCAUCGCCUUCACCGGCAAGGGCGACAAGGAGAAGGUGACGGACAUGUACGUCAGCUUGUACGCGUCGGUCGUGUUCGAGGAGCGCGCUCGGCAGCGGAUGCAGGAGCAGCGCGCCGCUGCAGACAUGCGCAAGCGGCGCAUCCGCCUCGUCGCCUUUGGCGGCGGGCUGGUCGUCUGUGUGGCGUCAUCCGCCGCCCUCGUCGUCGGAAUGAGCCUAGAUACUUUGGAUGGUACCACCCUUGGCACACUUAUGGCACCAGCUGCCCUUUGUGGCGCUUCCGCGAUGCUCCUUGCUGUGCUACCCACGGACGAGGACCUUGUACGUGGGCUCUCCGUCUACCUGGUGCUGCUGCUGCUGUCUGUCGGAUGGUUCAACGGGUGGUCGGCGGGGCGGAAUUUGCACCGGUCGUCGACUCCGCGACCGGCUCAACUCUGGCAAUCAGCGAUGACGAGCGCCACAGCUAUCAGCCUCUCCCUCAACGCUGCUGGCAUUCUCCCGACCUGGCGCGACGCCUACCUCGCCGGCCUCGGCCCUGGAUGUGCGGUUGCCGACUGCACUCCAAGUGCUCCAAGGGGGGGUCCGAAUAAGAUACAUCAUAGAUAG